UCCGAGGGAGGCUCCGGACGCGAGAGCUGCGGUCUCCGCCGCCGCCGCUGCUGCCGCCGCUGCCGCCGCCACCGCGAGAGCCACCGCGGGAAAGCCGGGGCAGUGAGGACCCCGGAGGAGCUGGUUGCGCUGCCAAGCGCUGACAGACCUCCUUCCUCUUUGAGGUCCUGACUGCGGUGGCACCCCCUCUUCAGACGAAGAUCAAGAGGGUCCCAGCAGCCCCUCCUCAGGUUCCCCUGCAGGCCUUGGUGGCCCAGUAUGGCCCACUGAGGUGAACCAUGACUGGCUGGCCAACACUCACCACUGACCGCCCAGAGACGCAUCUCAGCAGGAGGUGACCCCUCCUGCACCUGCCCCCCCCACUCGCCCACCCCUCGCAGGAAAGUGCCCGCACCGCCACGGACACCAUGUAGUAGGGCCGGCCGCGGCGCCCAGUGAGCUGCGAUGGUUUUGUACACGGCCCCCUUUCCCAAUAGCUGUCUGUCUGCCCUGCACGCUGUGUCCUGGGCUCUCCUCUUCCCAUGCUACUGGCUGGCAGACCGGCUCGUGGCCUCCUUCCUCCCCACCACCUACGAGAAGCGCCAGCGGGCGGACGACCCGUGCUACCUCCAGCUGCUCUGCACCCUGCUCUUCACACCCGUCUACCUGGCCCUCCUGGUUGCCUCGCUGCCCUUUGCCUUUGUCGGGUUCCUUCUCUGGUCCCCACUGCAGUCUGCCCGCCGACCCUACAUUUACUCCCGGCUGGAGGACAAGGGCCCGGCUGGUGGGGCAGCCCUGCUCAGUGAAUGGAAGGGUACAGGUCCCGGCAAAAGCUUCUGCUUCGCCACUGCCAACCUCUGCCUCCUCCCUGACUCACUGGCCAGGCUCAACAAUGUUUUUAACACCCAAGCGCGGGCCAAAGAGAUCGGGCAGAGAAUUCGCAACGGGGCCAGUCGGCCCCAGAUCAAAAUCUACAUUGAUUCACCCACCAACACCUCCAUCAGUGCGGCCAGCUUCAGCAGCCUGGUGUCACCGCAGGGCAGUGAUGGCGUGGCCCGGGCCGUCCCUGGGAGCAUUAAGAGGACGGCCUCUGUGGAAUACAAGGGUGAUGGUGGGCGUCACCCCAGUGACGAGGCUGCCAACGGCCUGGCCUCCGGGGACCCGGCGGAGGGCGGUAGCCUGGAGGAUGCCUGCAUCGUGCGCAUCGGAGGCGACGAGGGGGGCCGGCCCCCCGAAGCUGAUGACGCCACUGCUGGGGGCCAAGCCAGGAAUGGGGCUGGCGGGGCCCCACAGGGCCAGACGCCCAACCACAGUCAGCGGGACGGGGACUCAGGGAGCCUGGGCAGCCCCUCGGCCUCUAGGGAGUCCCUGGUGAAGGUGCGGGCCGCGGCGGACAGCGGCGGCAGUGGGGAGCCGGGCGCCACCAACAGCAAGCUCCCCUACAAGGCCUCCGGGGUGAAGAAGGUGGCCGCGCGCAAAAGGCGGCACCCAGACGAGGCCUUUGACCACGAGGUGUCUGCUUUCUUCCCCGCCAACCUGGACUUCCUGUGUCUGCAGGAGGUGUUUGACAAGCGGGCAGCCGCCAAGUUGAAAGACCAGCUGCAUGGUUACUUCGAGUACAUUCUGUACGACGUCGGGGUCUACGGCUGCCAAGGCUGCUGCAGCUUCAAGUGUCUCAACAGCGGCCUCUUCUUUGCCAGCCGCUACCCCAUCAUGGACGUGGCCUAUCACUGUUACCCCAACGGGCGGCGUUCCGACGGCCUGGCCUCGAAAGGAGCGCUGUUUCUCAAGGUGCAGGUGGGAAGCACACCUCAGGACCAAAGAAUUGUCGGGUACAUCUCCUGCACACACCUGCAUGCCCUGCCAGAGGACAGUGCCAUCCGGUGUGAGCAGCUGGACCUGCUUCAGGACUGGCUGGCUGAUUUCCGAAAAUCUACCUCCUCGUCCAGCACAGCCAACCCUGAGGAGCUGGUGGCGUUUGACGUCAUCUGCGGAGAUUUUAACUUUGACAACUGCUCCUCAGAUGACAAGCUGGAGCAGCAGCACUCCCUGUUUACACACUACAAGGACCCCUGCCGCCUGGGGCCCGGAGAGGAGAAGUCCUGGGUCAUCGGUACCUUGCUGGACACAGACAACCUCUACGAUGAGGAAGUGUGCACCCCUGACAAUCUGCAAAAAGUCUUGGAGAGCGAGGAAGGCCGCAGGGAGUACCUGGCCUUCCCCACCAGCAAGAGCCCUGGGGCAGGCCAGAAGGGACGCAAGGACCUACUGAAGGGCAACGGCAGGCGCAUCGACUACAUGCUGUAUGCAGAGGAGGGGCUGUGUCCAGACUGGAAGGCUGAGGUGGAAGAAUUCAGUUUUAUCACCCAGCUGUCUGGCCUGACCGACCACCUUCCUGUGGCCAUGCGGCUGAUGGUGUCCACAGGGGAGGAGGAGGCAUAGACCAGCCACGUCAUUCCGAGCAGUGGGGCCUCUGCCAGCCCUUUGAGCCGCAGCAACUCUCUAGCCAUGUCCCCUCCAGCGAGCACCCCUGGUGCUGGAGGAGGAGGGCAGGGACCUGGGGGGAGCCUCGGUCAGUCCCAGGUGAGCUGCAACCAGCGCCGCCCUGCACCUCUGGGCACUCACCGUGGACAGAGGAGUCAGGCUGGCCUUGGGAGCCGCAGCUGCCCAACAGUGCCAU